GUGAUAUACAUGGCCAGUAUUACGAUCUGUUAAGGUUAUUUGAAUACGGUGGAUUUCCUCCCGAAUCAAAUUAUCUUUUCCUUGGUGAUUAUGUUGAUAGAGGAAAACAAUCAUUAGAAACAAUCUGCCUUUUGUUGGCGUACAAGAUAAAGUAUCCCGAGAAUUUUUUUAUUUUAAGAGGAAAUCACGAAUGUGCAAGUAUUAAUCGUAUUUAUGGCUUUUAUGAUGAAUGUAAGCGAAGGUAUAACAUCAAAUUGUGGAAAACCUUUACGGAUUGCUUUAAUUGUUUACCCAUCGCUGCAAUUAUCGAUGAGAAAAUUUUUACCAUGCAUGGUGGUCUGUCACCCGAUCUUCAGAGUAUGGAACAAAUUCGAAGAGUUAUGCGACCAACAGAUGUGCCCGACACUGGUCUAUUAUGUGAUUUGUUGUGGUCUGAUCCCGACAAGGAUAUCUCUGGCUGGAGCGAAAACGAUCGAGGUGUAUCCUUUACAUUCGGUCCUGACGUUGUAACUCGGUUUUUGCAAAAGCAUGAUAUGGAUUUGAUAUGUCGAGCACAUCAAGUGGUGGAAGAUGGUUAUGAAUUCUUUGCUAAACGACAGCUUGUUACUUUGUUUUCCGCACCGAAUUAUUGUGGUGAAUUUGAUAAUGCUGGUGCGAUGAUGAGUGUGGACGAAACUCUUAUGUGCUCGUUCCAGAUUCUCAAACCAGCCGAGAAGAAACAAAAGUAUCCUUAUGGUGGCUUGAAUACAGGACGACCU